GCAUGCCCCAGCAGCUUCUGGUUAUAAAUAUUCAGCCUCGGGAUCUUCAAAUUCCAACCAUCGAAGCCAAGACGCUUCAAUUCCCGAGUGUUUGUUAACCACUCUUCGAUCUCUCACCCACCACCACUCAGGACGACAAGAAACAUCAUGGCGGGAAACAACAGGCAGAGGAAGUCGUCGUCGUCAUCCUCGUUCACGUCGAUCUUCAACAUCUUCAGGUCCAGCAGGAGAGAAGAUUACUCCGAGCAUAGCGGUGAAGGGACGUCGAUGGGGUGGACAAAGGUGUGGCGGAGUGACGAGGACAGAGGUCAGUGGGGGGCAGCUGAGCCGGGCAUUGACAAGAAAGCUGCAGAUUUCAUUGCACGUUACAAGAAGAAAGUCACCGAGUCUGAAGUUCAUUGCUUGCAAGCUCCGGUCGAGUAGCUUUCUACUAGUAGGAUAUCCUUCCGUUAGACCAUUAAUUAUUCAAGUCUGUUCUUCGUUCGUGCUCUCUAUUCUGAUUUAAGUGUUGAUUAUAUCUGUAGUUGAUCAAUUAAUGGCAAUAAAUCUAUGCCUACAAUGUUAUUGUACGUAGAACUUGAUGAAAAAGUGGCACUUAGAAGUGGUGUAUUGUGUGUGUGUGUGUAUAUGUGGGUGUUUUGCUUUU